AUGACGUCUGGUCCUAGAGGCAUCGGCGCUGCGGCAGGCAGGUUGCGAAUGCCCCCCAACUACUGGGACCCCAUCGUGUAUCAAAACGAGCAGCCGACACCACAUUGCCUGUUGAGGGUGAGGCGCGACAUCGCAGAACUGCACACCGAGCCGCUUCCUGGUGUGUUCGUCGCUCCGGAGGAGAGCGACCUGACAAGGAUCCACGCUGUGCUGGUUGGGCCAUCUAAGACACCGUACCACGGUGGCUUCUUUCACUUCCUGGUGAAGUGUCCUCCGGACUACCCGAUGAGCCCCCCGAGGGUGCGAAUCAUGACUACGGACGGUGGUCGGGUGACGUUCAAUCGUCACUUCUACAGCAACGGAAAGGACCACCUUUCGACGUUGAACGAGUUGCUGUUCUACGCCAAAUUCGAACUGCGGGAACUGCCGGCACUGUGCGGGCAGCUGGAGCUAGUGAGCCUGGCAGAGAAGAACCUGUACAUACCACUGGGACAGGAAAAGAUCUUCCAUCAAGCAGUUACGCUUGUUUACCAGCUGCUGAAGACGCACCCGUGCUUAUAG